CUAACUCCCAUUGCCUAGCCCUUACACUGAAGGAAAGGGUUUAAAAGGAAAUCAGAGCCCUCUCUCCUUGCCUGACGGAAAGGUUUCUCAAGCAGCCACAGCCAAGUCUCAUCGCCCCAUAGAUUAGUUUUUAUAGUUCUGAUCCUCAAACAGCCAUCAAUCACCUGGGCUGUACUUUGAUUUUCAUUUAAUUUGUCAAACUGAAGUGCCAACUGUGUGCCAGGUACUGUGCUGAGUGCUGUGGAGUGGUCACAGCUCAGAUCAAGGGAAGGACUGAAGGGGAAAUCUUGCCCCUGCAUGUAGAGGGGCUGCCUAGGCAAAGAGAAGGGUCAUGGGAAAUGGGAGUGAAGCCGGGCAAGGAAGAUGCCAAGGGGCUUGGGGGAGAGGGGGCCAAGGAGCCCUCAGCUCCAGGGGCUUCAGGGAGUGGCAGCGAGGGAGGCUUGGGGGAGGCAUGAAUGCAGUUCAGAACAGCCUUGGUGGUGGGUGGAUUGGGGGAACACACUCCUCCAGGGUUCAGGGCUAGCCCAUUUGAGCUGAGAUGCAGCAAGGGGGUAAGACUUUGGGGGCCUAGUGUGGUUUAGCGGUGUCAGCAAAGGCGAGGGAUUGGAAAGGGAAGGAACACACAGCGGUGGAAGAGGGCGGAGGAAAGAACAUCACAGGAAGUACAAAGAAUAAGGUUAGGAGCAAGGAGAGCCCCGAUCCAAAGGCGGCAAGACUGUUUCCUGAGUUCAGAUCUCACCACCUACUCUGGGCCAGUCACUUAACCCUGCUUGCCUCGUUUCCUCAUCAGUCAAAUGAGCCGGAGAAGGAAAUGGCCCACCACUCCAGAAUCUGUCAAGAAAACCCCAAAUAGGAACUGAACCAUCACGGCCACUACAGAGAAAGGGAAUGAAAGUAGGUCAUGGAGGCGUGUUUUAUGGGAAGCUGUAGAAGAAAAGAGCCUGGGUCCAGCAGAGCAAAGAGGCCGGGUCUGAGGUUCGUAGGGGCAGGCGGCCCAUGUCCUUCCCCUCCGCUCGCUCAGCCCGAGGUCUCAGAAAGAAGCCCGCCUGGGCUGUGUGGGUGGGGACUGAACUUUGGCCCUCCUUGUAUCUGCAGUGCUUGGCACAGUAGGUGCUUCGUCUAGGAGCUGCCUGGCAGGGUGAUCCUCAGCAAGGCUGCUGGGCUCCGUGGUUCUCCGUCUCCAGUGCCAAAGCCCCCAGGGGUACUGCAAAGUGCAGGUUGGAGAUUCCUUGAAAUCCCUCCGCCCUCCCUCCCUCCGAAACGAACCACUGCUCUGCGGGCAGCCAGGUGGCUCCGGGGCUGGAGAGCGUAGCAUUCAACCGAAGGCGGAAACCAAGCACCCACUGGCCGGACCAUUCCCCCAAAAAGGAGGGGCUCGACGGUCGGAACUGGGGCCCUCGCGGAGCUAGUCCGCAGAAAGGGGCCGGGUGUGUGCUUAACACGGGGGAAAGUCUCUAGGAAGAGUGCUCGGGCCCUAAAGGGCAAGCGCCGAGUCCCGAAUGCUUAAGGAAAAGGGGCUGGCUCUCUAGCGCUCUGAUCCACACGGUUGGCCUAGGCUUUGCCCCUCCCACACGGUCAGGUGGCAGAAGCCCGCCCCAUGACGUCACGUCGCAAACAGCGUCGGGGCGGAGUAAUCCGGCACCGCGCUUGGGUUUCUUCCUCUGCGACUCGAAAGCGUGGGGUUCUGAUGGCGGCCAAUGGCUGUGGUGGCGGCGAGAUGGCCGGCCACGACACGUACCGCUCGCCGCUGGCCGCCCGCUACGCCAGCCCGGAGAUGGCCUUCAUCUUUAGCGAUGCGCACAAGUUCCAGACCUGGAGACAGCUGUGGCUUUUCCUGGCGGAGGCGGAGCAGAAACUGGGCCUGCCCAUCACCGACGAGCAGCUCGACGAGAUGAGGGCGAACCUGCACACCAUCGACUACAAGAUGGCGGCCGACGAGGAGAAGCGCCUCCGGCACGACGUCAUGGCUCACGUCCACACCUUCGGCCACUGCUGUCCCAAAGCGGCCGGCAUCAUCCACCUGGGCGCCACGUCCUGCUACGUCGGAGAUAACACGGACCUGAUCACCCUCAAGAAGGCCUUCGAGCUGCUCCUUCCCAAGCUGGCCCGAGUCAUCUCCCGACUAGCGGACUUUGCUGCAGAGCACGCCGGCCUUCCCACCCUGGGCUUCACGCAUUUCCAGCCGGCGCAGCUGACCACGGUGGGGAAGCGCUGCUGCCUCUGGAUCCAGGAUCUGUGCAUGGACCUGGAGCGCCUGACGCGGGCCCGAGACGACCUGCGCUUCCGGGGCGUGAAGGGCACCACGGGCACCCAGGCCAGCUUCCUGCAGCUCUUCGAGGGAGACCACGGGAAGGUGGAAGAGCUCGACAAGAUGGUGACCGAAAAGGCGGGCUUCCAGCGCGCUUUCAUCAUCACGGGACAGACCUACACGCGCAAGGUGGACAUCGAGGCGCUGUCCGUGCUCGCCAGCCUGGGAGCAUCCGUCCACAAGAUUUGCACCGACAUUCGCCUCCUGGCCAACCUCAAGGAGCUCGAGGAGCCCUUUGAGAAGCAGCAGAUCGGCUCCAGCGCGAUGCCCUACAAGCGGAACCCCAUGCGCUGUGAGCGCUGCUGCAGCCUGGCGCGCCACCUGAUGACGCUCGUGCUGGACCCGCUGCAGACAGCCUCCGUGCAGUGGCUCGAGCGGACGCUGGACGACAGCGCCAACAGGCGCCUGUGUUUGGCCGAAGCCUUCCUCACUGCCGACACCAUCCUGAGCACUCUGCAGAACGUGUCCGAGGGGCUCGUGGUGUACCCCAAGGUCAUCGAGCGGCGCAUCCGCCAGGAGCUGCCCUUCAUGGCCACAGAGAACAUCAUCAUGGCCGUGGUGAAGGCGGGAGGCAGCCGACAGGACUGCCACGAGAGAAUCAGGGUGCUGUCCCAAGAGGCGGCCGCCGUGGUGAAGCAGGAGGGGGGCGAUAAUGACCUCAUCGCCCGCAUCCGGGCGGACCCCUACUUCGGCCCCAUCCACGGGCAGCUGGAGCACUUGCUGGAUCCUUCCUCCUUCACGGGCCGUGCUGCCCAGCAGGUGGAGAAGUUCUUGCAGGAGGAGGUGCGCCCCCUGCUAAAGCCCUAUGAGGGUCAGCUGGCCGGGAAGGUGGAGCUGAGCCUCUAGAGGCCCCAGAAGAGCCUUUUGUUGGCAGGAAAAAGGGGAGGCCGAGCCUGGACACCAGCCAGCAGGCCGGCCUCCUCCUGUCUGGGCAGCGGCCUCUGUGGGGCCUUGGGUCUUCUCAGUGCAGGAAAGAACGUGGGGGUGGGGGCCGGGGGGGCUUCUCUCUCCCAAGUCUGCUCCAUCUAAUAAACGCUGCUCCUGUC